CUUUGAUUGAUCUGCUUCACUAUUAUUUAUUUUUUGUUUUGUUUUUCAUCAUAUCCUUUUUAUCAUUUGUUCAUAUUUAAAAAAAAUUAUUUUCUGUAUUUGGUUAGAUUUUUUUAAUGCUUAAAAAUUGUUCUUUUAUGGUUAUUAUUAACUAUUUUCAAAUCACAUUUAAUUAUUAAAAAAACAUUUGUUUAAACUAAAGCUACAAAAUCUUUUAUGCAACAUGUGAGACUUUUCAUCUAAAUUUGUCUUUUGCGAUUCUAGCCUAUAAAUUCCUAGUUUUACAAAAAUUAACUAAGCACAUUAAUGAAGGAAUACCACAUGAGCGUGCCCCUGCUUUGUUCAAUUCAAGAAAUCUUUAAAGAAUUACCAUUAUGAAGAUUUUUUUAAAUUGUGCUCCUGCAAUAAACUUUACAAAGUAUAUUAUUAAUAUUGGUAAAAGAUUUCAACAUCAUGUCAAUGCCUAUAUGCUUGAAGUGGAUUUAUGUAAAGGACAAGGUACUCGGGUUUGGGAUAAAAACGGUAAGGAAUACCUGGACUUCUACGGACAGAAUGGAUCUGUCAAUGCAGGCCAUUGUCAUUGCAAACUGAUACAGGCUAUGCAGGAUCAAAUGUGCCAAUUACAUCAGGCGACACGAUCUCUUCACAAUAACGUAACUCCGGAGUUCUGCUCUACUAUCUGUCAGAUGUUCAAUUAUGACAGAGUAAUGGUUCACAAUACAGGUUGUGAAGCUGUAGAGUUAGCAGUUAAAUUAGCCCGAUUAUGGGGCUAUAAAAUAAAAAAGAUAUGUCCCAAAGAAGCAAUAGUUGUCUUUACCAAUUGGAAUUACUGGGGAAAUUCAAUCUGUGCUAUCUCCGCAAGCGUUGAUCCUAUUUUAUUCAACGGUUUUCAGCCACUCUUAAGUGGACUCAAACUAAUCCCCUAUGAUGACCCAUGCUCUCUUGAGGAAAUUCUAAAAAAUCCCAAUGUUUGUGGUUUUGUGUGCGAACCGAUCCAGUCUGAGUAUGGUGUUAUGGUCCCUCUUGAUGGUUACUUAGCAGAAGUGCGACGUCUAUGUACUCAAAGUCGGGUGUUGUGGAUCGCUGAUGAAAUUCAGUGUGGCCUUGGAAGAACAGGUUAUAUGUUGGGUUCUGAUUAUGAAUGUGUCAAGCCUGACAUCCUUUGCCUUGGAAAAUCUCUAGCCGGAGGGAUGUAUCCGCUUUCAGCCUGUUUAGCUAGCUGUGAAGUAAUGGAUUUGCUCUCUCCUGGGGCCCAUUAUACAACUUUUGGUGCCAAUCCACUUGGCUGUAGGGUAGGAACAUGUAUGCUGAAGGUGACGAAAGAAGAUCUUCUUCCCGAAAAUGCUGCUCAGAUGGGUGCUCUCUUCAGGGAUGGCCUGCUAUGCAGUUUGAACAAAGAUGAUAUGCCACUCUUGCGAGGAAGAGGGCUUCUGUGGGCUUGUCAAAUUGAUCCAAGAAUUGGAAGUCCUUGUGACAUAUGUGAUAACCUUCGAGACUGCGGGCUCAUUGUGUGGCCGUGCCGGGACAAAUAUCUUCGAUUCACGCCUCCUCUAAUCGUUUGUGAAGAUGAAAUUACACAGGCUGUCAGUAUUUUCAAAAAGGUUAUCGAUUUUAUGAAAGGUUGUGGAAGAAUUUGCUGAUGUCGUUCCAUACCUAAUCAAAUAUAUUGUUUGGUGAGCUUGAUCCAUGUUGUUAAAAAAAAAUGAAAGAAGAAAAAAAAGGUGCUGAAAAAAGAAAAAGUUAACACAACUUAAACUUCAACAAAAAAAAAAUUGUCUUCAUAAAUAUAUAUUGCAUCACUUUUUGAUUA